AUGUAUCAAUUUAAAGCGCACACGAAGAACUAGUAAAUCACGCAGUGGGUUAAUUCGUGUUCCAGCAUGCAGGGAGUUUAAUAAGGGAGGGAGGAAACUUCUCUGAAACACUGUCGUGCCCAGUGAUACAAACUGAUACAAACCAGGAAGAGCAUGACGCAAAACAACAGAUGAUAUUAGGCUUAACGUUUUUUAGAAUAUAUGGAAAAGGAAAGCAAUCUUGCAUAGUACUGAGAUCCAAAAAUCAACUAUUAAGACGGGAAGAGUUCAUCAAAAACGAAGGUAGCAGCAAUGUUAAAGCGUGAUGGUAUGUUGGAUCCGAGCGAAGGUUGCAACUGCAAAUGAGCUCAGACAGUGCACACGGCUGCCGUCUCGACGAACCCACCAUGCCGAUCGAACUCGCCAUGCCGCUUUAUCUGUCAAGCGACGAGUUCUUAAACCCGAGGGCGUCUAAAUUCAGCAGGCCCUUGCGGCCAUGUCUGCACCGGUGUCAAAAUACCAAACUUAGUUUUAGCGCUCCCAGGGAGCAGUCAGAGUUCAAUGGGGUCAGCGCACCCUUGACGAUACCUGGCAAAGCCAAAAAACAAGUGUCUUUUGCUGAUCACAAGGGCCUCGCCCUGACGAUGGUGAAGAUUUUUUCUGAAUUUGAUGAUCCCAUUGAUGUCCCGACCAACAUCGAGCAGUUUUUUAGCUCUUCGCUGACUCUAUCAGAAGGGAAGGACAAGCUAACCCUCGACUUUGACCAGCCGUCUGCAGAUUACCUAAAGUUCCGUCAACGCGUAGAGAAUGAGCACGUCUGCCUCGAGCACUGCAUGCUUAAGGAAAAAUCUAUAGUAGGCACGAUCAAAGUCAAAAACCUUUCGUUUGAAAAGUCCGUUAAGCUUCGCAUCACGUUUGACACUUGGAAGAGCCACACAGACAUAGAAUGCCAGUAUGUAAAAGACACUUACACCGGCUCAAACCGUGACACCUUUUCGUUCGAAGCUAGUUUGCCUGAUCAGGUGCCUCCACAUGAACGCAUUGAGUUUGCCAUUUGCUAUGAGGUCAAUGGCGUAACAUUCUGGGACAACAACCAAGGACAGAAUUACAGAAUCGUUCAGUCAGCACUGAAAAAGAGUUCAAAUGACUCUAGCGGUGACCAUCAGCGGUAUGGUGUGAGUGAUUGGGACGUUCAUUUUGACCGAUAUGGCAGCCCCAGAUGCUCACAUGGAAUCUUUCCCAAUUGGCCAAGCUAUGCUGGAUAUGAAGACAUUGGUCCAUAUUACUAAAAAUACUUUUGGGCAGUUUAUCCUGCACACAUAUUCAUCAGACAUUGUGAUAAAUGCACAGCAGCUUUGAGGUUGUUCUUUGGCCAAGGACUUGUUGAAUUGAAAACCCAUAUGGACACUGAAGAUAUUUAUCGUCAAUAGUAAUGGAUUACAUUGUGCAAUAGAAUGAGUUGUGUUUUUAAAAAUACUGUUCAUGGUGCAAUACGAAUGUAAUUAUGAGGGUAAAUUUAUGUUUAUUUUCUGUUGCCUGUCAAAUGCAUUAAUGCUAGUUUCUGUGCAGGGUUGUGUUAAUAGAUUAAAGGUUGAUUUGGGGUUCGUAUGGAUUUGCGUGGACCUUUAUAAAAUAAUGCAGUGUGAAUUAAUGUAAGUGUAAAUAAAUCUGCAGGCCAGUAUAUUGAAAAAUUUCUUUCCUGAGAAUGAGAGAUCGUCAGCACGGUUUUGAUUUGAAAAGCCUUGUUAAAAGCAAAGACGGAAUCAGUGUUUAUCCCAAAAAAUGUGAGACCAGUGUUGGAUUUAUGUAUGCAGAUUCAUAUGUUUUUGUUCUUUCCCAAACAGCUCAUUUUUAAUGUAAAAACGCUAAAAGUAUUUACAUUGCUGAAUUUCUGUAUUUUAAUUGACUAUGACUGUUUCACUGUAAUUGCACAACAGGAUUAUGAUAUUAAUGAUUUCAGUUAAUGUGUAUUGUCAUAUGUUCUAGGUAAUGUAUGCACUUUAAUUGGUUGUUUAAUUUCGUCACCCAUUUCAAAUUGCAUUGUUUGAAUGUAAAUACAGCUUUGUCAAAAACACUUUGUGAAAUAGUUCUCUAGGCGGUAUGGGGUGUGUUCAAUAUUUGCAUUUUAAUGCAAUGUUUUAAACGUUCAUAGUCGUUGAAAACUUCAAAUAAAGUACUGAGGCAAACAAAA